AUGUUGUGGAAAGUUUCUAAGAUGUUCUUGGGUGGCUUGGUAGCGCUAACAACAAUAUCGGUUGCGACCCUUUAUCACUACCAAAAUCGCCUAGUCUACCCAUCAUGGGCUCAAGGCGCCAGGAAUCAUGUUGACACUCCUGAUUCCCGUGGAAUUCCUUAUGAAAAGCUAACCCUAAUUACACAAGACCACAUUAAACUCGAGGCAUGGGAUAUCAAGAAUGAAAACUCAACAAGCACGGUGCUAAUCUUAUGUCCUAAUGCUGGUAAUAUAGGAUACUUCAUACCAAUAAUUGACAUUUUCUAUCGCCAAUUUGGAAUGAGUGUCUUUAUUUAUUCGUAUCGCGGUUAUGGUAAUUCAGAAGGUUCACCUAGCGAAGAAGGUUUGAAAUUGGACGCUGAUUGUGUCAUAUCGCAUCUAUCAACUGAUUCAUUCCAUUCAAAGAGGAAACUGGUACUGUAUGGCAGAUCUUUGGGUGGCGCUAAUGCUCUUUACAUUGCUUCGAAAUUUCGGGAUUUGUGCGAUGGCGUUAUGCUAGAGAAUACAUUUUUAAGUAUUCGAAAGGUUAUUCCAUAUAUUUUCCCCCUUUUAAAACGUUUCACACUUUUAUGUCACGAAAUCUGGAAUUCGGAAGGUCUUAUAGGGAGCUGUAGGCCAGAGACGCCAUUUUUGUUUUUAAGCGGGUUGAAGGAUGAAAUUGUUCCACCCUUCCAUAUGAGGAAGCUGUACGAAACAUGCCCUAGUACCGACAAGAAAAUUUUCGAAUUUCCACUUGGUUCACACAAUGACACCAUUAUUCAAGAUGGGUAUUGGGAUAUAAUAAGAGAUUUUCUAAUAGAGAAGGGUUUUAUCUAA